UCCCUCCUUCGGGCUGAGGAUUGGCUGAGGCAGAGCCGCGGGAGGGCGAAUAUUCCUCAAUGAAUGUGGAGGCCCCUCCUCGACAUCAUCGCUGGCGGUAGCACAGCCGCCAGUUUCUAUAGCGACGGCACUGAUCCUGCGCUCCUCGCGGUAGUAGCGAAGCUGCUGCAGCUCAGAAAGAGAGCAAGCGAGCGAGCGAGGGGCGAGCGGCGUUUCCACAAGAAAUCUCGCCUGCCUUGCUUGAUUGCCUGCCCGCCUGCCAGCCCGGGUUGCCGGGCUACAGCACCCGGACAAGCAACAAUAUAUCAUUAUUUUGUACAUGGUUCUAUGCAACUUAUUGAAAGACAAAGCAGAUAGUGAUGGAGAGAUGCUAUUAAUGAAGAUGGUGGACGCUUCCUCCCCAGCUGAAUGACCUGAGUGAUGUGAUGAUCAGAAAGAAGCUCCAAAACUGUAGCUUAUUAAAAAGAAAGAAAGAAAGAAAAAAGGACCAGUGUUUGGCUGACGUCAUCAGGAGUCUAAAGUGCAGUAAAAAGAAAUGACCAGUCUACUGCCAGAGGAUACUGUGGAGUCCCAGGGCUCAGAUGAGCUUGAAUGCAAGAUCUGUUACAACCGCUAUAACUUGAGGCAAAGAAAACCUAAAGUACUAGGGUGUUGCCACAGAGUAUGUGCCAAAUGCCUUUGCAAGAUCAUAGAUUUUGGGGACUCUCCUCAGGGAGUCAUUGUGUGCCCAUUCUGCAGGUUUGAGACCUGUCUUCCUGAUGAUGAGGUUAGUAGUCUUCCUGAUGACAAUAACAUCCUGAUAAAUUUGGCUUAUGGGGGAAAGGUGAAGAAGUGCCUGCCAGACAAUCCAACUGAACUCCUGCUGACUCCCAAAAGGCUGGCCUCUCUUGUUAGCCCUUCACAUACUUCCUCCAACUGUCUAGUAAUAACUAUUAUGGAAGUGCAGAGGGAGAGCCCCCCAACACUGAACUCAACCCCUGUUGUGGAAUUCUACAGGCCCACAAGCUUUGACUCGGUUGCAUCUGUGCCCCACAACUGGACAGUGUGGAACUGUACCUCCUUGAUCUUCCAGACUUCGAUUCGAGUCCUAGUUUGGUUGCUGGGCUUGCUAUAUUUUAGUUCCUUGCCUUUAGGGAUUUACUUACUGGUAUCAAAGAAAGUUACCCUUGGGGUAGUCUUUGUUAGUCUCGUUCCCUCGAGUCUUGUUAUUCUCAUGGUUUAUGGCUUUUGCCAGUGUAUAUGCCAUGAGUUUCUGGAUUGUAUGUCUUCUUCUUAGCAACAGAUGUAAUCAAAUAAGCAAUGACAUGUGAAAUUGCCAUAGGUAUAGCAUAAUAAUCAUAUGCAUUUCUUUUGUGUUCUUAUUUUAUUACUUUUCUCCAUCAAAUAGAAAUACUGACUAGUUUUGGACUCCCUUAUUAUUUUUGAAAGUACUAAAAUGUCUUGUUUUUUCUGCUGUGUCCUGUUCUGUAGAUAAUAGAUUGGGGAGGGGUAUUUUAAAAAUGUGAGACAAGAACAGUUUAUCUAGAUGCUUGUUGGUAUAUUGUAAGAACACUUUACUUUCCAAGGAUAAUUAAUAUAGUGCAAAUGAGCUUCCUAGUAUUAUUUCAGAUAGAGAUACCUGUUGUGUUAAACUGUAUCCAAUAGUCACUGAGUAAUAUUGCUUCAGAAUUUAAUCAUCUGGAACCCUCUGUUGCAUAUAUCCCACUGAAAUUGUGCAAGAACAGAGAUUUAACAGCAAAACUAAAAAUUUCCUAGAGGUUCUGCAUGUUUCACAAUGGAUUGUGCUUCUGGUCCUUAAAAUGCAGAGAGAAAACUUGUGAGAGAUCUGAUAGCUUCCAUAGCUGCAAGACAAGGGGUUGUUCUUUAUAUCCAAACCAAUUAAGUAGAUAGAAGAUUGCAAAGUGUAGCACUAGUUAUCCUAAAACAUGCUCCACAAGAAGACAACCAUGUCCACUGCUAAGAUUUCUUCCCAAAUGUGUGUAUCUGUGGUUGAUUACAAGCAUUACAAAGCCCUGUUUAUGACAAAAAAAAUCAUUUCUUUAUGCAGAAAUUGAUUUCUGCAGGAGUGGUUUUUUUUCCUUCUAUAAGAAAAAUUUAGCUGUAUCCAAAAGAAUCUGUUGAACAAGGCAACUUCCUGUUUUCAUGGUUUUAUUGUGGGUUUUAUUGUGACAAAUUGUUUGUGCAAGGACUUAAGUAUCUGUGUGCUCCUCCUCCUCCACUAUGGCAACCUUUGUGCAUAGCUGAGUUAAAAACAAAGAAAAAUUACACACAGCAAUAUAAGGUAGCAAGUAAUGAUAAUGGUGCAGAUAUUGGUGGUGGUGAUAAUGAUGAUGAAAGUUGAAGUUAGGCAUGAAUUUUAAUGGGAGAGUGUAGGAGAUAGUUUGAGUUUAUUGUCUUAUGGACAUCAUUGGGUCUUAAAAUUGCUUAGGUUUAUGCGGACUCUUACAUGAUUAUUAGGAUUUAGAAUUAUAAUAUUUUAUAAAGUAAGCACACAAAGGUCUAAUGAAAUUCUAGUUUUAUUCAUUUUUAAUAAGUAGCAUUAAAAUUAUAUUCCUUACAACUAAUACAUUGCUGCUACUUUAAAAUGCUCUUGGCAAAGCAUGUGUAGUCAGAUGAAGUGGCAUGACUAGCAGCAGUAAAACACAAAGUGUAACUAAUUACAUGACCCAAAAAUGGGUCAUCCAAGAAAAAUAUUUUAUAAUAUCCGUAAUGUUUGUAUACUUUGUAUGUGUAUGUGUUACAAGGAUUUAUAUAUUUGUAGGGAACUCACAUUUGGGAUGUCCAAAUAAAUGGGUUCUUGACACAGGACAAAAUGAAGAUAAAUGACUACCACCUCUGUAAAUGUUUGCGUGCUGUGCUCAUGGUCAUAUCUGAUAUUUCUUCCAGUCUUUGUGUAACCUGUCAAUUUUUAAAGCAGUACUAUUGAUAUGAUGCCUUAUUUUAUAUGCUCUAAGAUGUGCCUUGUCUAAUAUGUACUCAAAGCCAAUUCACAUAUACUGUAUAUAAUUUCCACUCAAAAGUUAGUAAUACUUAAAUUUUAUAGUGUUCCAUUCAAAUGUUUAAAAUAUAGGCUCUUGCAAGAGCUCCCAAGGUCAGUACUGUUGCUAUAUUAUAGACUGGGGCAAUUAAUUGAAACUGAGAGGACAAUGA